AUGUCCGCUCCCCCACCAUACAACCAAGGAUACCCACCACAGCAAAACUACGGUUAUCCCCAACCACAACCUCAAUAUGGUGGAGGAUAUCCGCAACCCGGCUAUCCCGGAGGACACUAUCCUCAACAACAGCCUCAGGUCGUGUAUGUGGAGCGCCAACAACAAAGGAAUAACAACGACAACUGCUGCUUAUACGCAUUGUUGGCCUGCUGUUGUGGUACGUUGUUGUUUUGAAUUUGAUAUUUCGGAGUAGUUUUGUUAGAUUUCUUUUGGAAUUUAGGGUUAAGAUGUUUGGAUUAGUCUGUUUUACAUUUUGUUCAAAGGAUUUUGGGUUCAAUUUGAGAAAGGGAUACUUUUUUGUAAUAUAAUAUUGUCCAUCAUGGACAAUAUAAAUUUUACUAUUAAUUUAUAAAUCUUCCUGGUAUUACUAUGUUAAAUAUUAUCUGUUUUAACUUACAUAAACGAUAUUUUUCAUUUCUUGAUAAAAGUUAUUAUAUAUAAUGUAAAAAUAGGUCAUAAAUAAUUUAAUGUUUCUUUUUUUCAGGUUGCUGCUUGGCUGAAUGUUGCGACUAA